UUUCUUUCCCAAUUUCCUUCCCCCAUCUUUGGAGGUUUCGGCCCUCUAUCCAACAAAUGAACAUUUUUCCCCGCACAAGCUCCCUCCCCUCCGACGACCUCCCCCCCGCCCUUCCGCCCCGUCCACCCGCCUAUGCACCCACCGACACGAGCGGCCCUGCAGAGUCGACCACGACUCCCCCGCACCCGACGCAGGGAACACCCUAUAGCGAUGGUGUGGAUGUCGCUGUAACAUUUAUUGGGGCACGGGAUCUACCAAAGAUGGAUAUCAUUGGCACCGCAGAUCCCUACUUUCGAGCCACGAUUGAUAACUGUAUAUCAUAUUGUUCAACAUGUAUCAGCAAUACCUUGACACCCACUUGGAACGAAACCUGGAAAGUCAAUAACGUACCCUCUAACGCUAUUCUAUACAUUUCGGUAUGGGAUAAGGAUUUACAUGUCCCCAAUGACGAGAUCGUCGGAAAGUGUCAAACUCCUCUGGAACCAACUACCCACACACUCCCACUGACUCUCUCCACUCGACACCGCGGCACAAUCACAUUGUCCAUCACAACAACCCCAGCAUCACCCGUCCCCCCUUACACAUUCGCCGGCCCAGUCCGCCACACAAUCCACUAUUCACCCCUCCUAGGCGCCCUGACCCGCCAAAACGACACAAGACCCUACGCAACCUGGAAAAUCCAUCUAACCAAUAUAGAAACCUACUUUUCAUCCACACAAAAACAACAUUGGAAUACAGCCUACAAAGCCGCUCAAACCAUUUUUAGCUCUCCCAUGAGUUUUGGUGUCAAGAGUGGGAUCCAAGCUGCGCAUCGCAUGUUGUAUGCGAGGACAGGAGGCAAUGGCGGUGGAAUCCUACAAAACGGAUACGACUUUAUGGGACUUUUAUUUUGGAAUGCGGGGGCCGUACAACCCGCCAUCCCCCAUCCAGCCAUCCCCAAACCAUGCAUGUACACCUACAUUAUCGAUGACGAAACUCUAAGGUUCUCAGAAACCGGUGCGGCUUUUUUAGUGGAUUUUGCAUCAAAGCAUGCAUUACAUUCAAAUUGUUCCGAGUAUGUCCGAUUUGCGGGUGAAUUCCAUGUGAGGCCCCUUGGGGGGUGGGAUCUCACUGUUGAACCAAGUGCGUUAGGAAAGGAUUGGCAAGUGGUUAUGGAUAAUAAUUCCGGAACGUAUGCGCCGGGUAAAGAACUCUUGCCGGCUUUGGAAAGGUUGAUGAAAUGUAAUUUUGGGGGGUUGGAUGUCGUUGUUGUGGAUAGACAAGAUGGAGGGCUAGUUGAGUCGAGAAACAAAAUGGCGGCUUAUGCGAGCAAGUAUUUCAAUACGUAGAAUAAUUGAUGGAAUUCAGUCUCAUAGAACUUUAGAGUGUUUGUACGCUAUCCGUAUUCUCAUCGUUGUGGGGUUUUUGGUAAUAUACUAAAUCUGCUUGUUCGAAAAGGUAAACCUGGAUGUCGA